AUGGAUGUUGAACAUCCUGGUGAGACUGAUGAAAUAAUAUUUAAUGACUUAAUUCCAUUACCAUUUAGAAUUUUAUUGCUUCUACAAUUUGGUUUGGGAUUAUGGUUUUUAUUGAAUGUUAUAUUAUACAACUUUACUAGCAUUAAUGUAUUACAAUUGCUAAAUUUGUCAUACAAUUCACAUAAUUAUAUACAAUUGGAUGACUUAAAUCAUAACAACAAUCCAACUGAAGUAAAUGGAGAGUUUGAAACAGGUUUACCAGCUGAAAAGCAAGAGAAUUCAAGGCUAAUUCAAGGUAUUUGGAGAAACUUUAAGAAAGUCACAAUCAUAAAUUUGUCAAGUUGGAUAUUGUUCAAGUUUUUACAAUACUAUAAACCGGAUUAUAAAAUUAUCUAUUACAGCAUACCAAUAAUCAGUUUUAUGUAUAAUUUUUUGAUCUUAUUUUACAAAAGCAAUGUUUUUGGUCCAUCAAAUAAAAACCCAAGUCUAAUCAUAAACGUUGGACAAAUUAGAAUGUGGACAACAUUAAAGAGAAUUUUAAUCGGUAAUAUCAACUACCAAACAAUGAGAACAAAUGAUAUAUUAAUGAGUGAUUCAUUAGUUUCAUUUGCAAAAGUCUUAAAUGAUUUUGGAUUAUUUGUAUGGAGUUAUUAUAUUAACGAGACAAAUGCUUAUAAUUAUAAAUUGGAAUUUUUUAUACUAUGUUUUCCAAUAAUGGUAAGAAUGAAACAAUGUUUUUAUGAAUAUAAAUGUACAUUAAAUAAACAGCAUUUGUUGAAUAUGUUAAAAUAUUUCACAGGUAUUGGACCAUUAAGUAUAAACGCAUUGAUCAAAUACACUUUAUUAAAAUCUACUGAUUUGGAAAGAGAAAAUGGUGAAUUAAUAAUAAAAUUAACUAAGUUAAAUAAUUGGUGGUACAUCUUAAUGUUAAUAAAUUCAACUUAUUCAUUUGUAUGGGAUUUAAAAAUGGAUUGGCAUUUGGAAUUAUUCAACAAUUUCUUUAAUUUAUUUUCAUCAACCAGGACAAGUCAGAAGUUCACUGUAUUAAGACAACAAAAGCAAUAUCCAGAUUUUAUAUAUAUAAUAGCUAUAAGUAUUGAUUUUUUGCUAAGAUAUUUAUGGGUUUUGAAGAUUUUUAUAAUUAAUGAAGAAUUGAAACUGAAAAAGAUUCAUUUUCUACAUAUUUUUUCAACUUUCUUAUUUGGUUAUGACGUUUACUCAUUUGGGUAUGUACUAAUUGAGAUAUUGGAAAUCUUUAGAAGGUGUGUAUGGUGCUUUAUCAAGUUGGAUAGUGAUUUUGUAAAAGUAAAUAGUAAUGUUAUAGAAAUGGAUAGUUUUGAAAAAUAA